UAUUUACCACUGUCAACAAAACCAGUGAGGUUAAGUUACUGAAUAAAUAACAGUAAACCGUAUUGUUUCUAUUUUAUAAUAUACAGCUUUGUAGCAUUAAAGUGCAUUUCGUUGGGCUCGACCGGACGACGCAUACGCUGCAUGUCUUUUAUUCAAAGCGGAUCGGGGCAUAAUGGCAACUGUGUUAAUAUUGGUAGUUGUGGUUUUCGCCUUGUUUUCAACAGGUAUUUCGGACGAGGUGCCCUUCACAGAAAGAACAAAUGUCUGUGCUGAGAGCGGUGAUAAUUUUACAUUGAGCUGCAGAGUUCCUACAUUGAAUAAAACUGAAUUCUCCGUGAAAUGGUUAUUCAGAGGCUCAGUGAAACACAAAUGCGAAUACUGGAACGACAGUGCUGGGUCAAAUGCGACAUGCGACCUCACCACUGUUGUUUUUCCAGAAUCGGAGGGUGAGUACACGUGCGAACUGACAGAUCCGUACAAUGAUGAAGGUCAUGAGCAGCAGAAAACGAAUCUGCAAGUGGGCAACUGUGGUCCCAGUACUUUAGUCAGCAUUGUCGAUCCCAGCACCGAAGCAGUCCUUGAUGACCCCCAGUAUGGUAGUAUUUGCGUCCAGUCCGGUUCAACGCGGCUCUUCCAGUGCCUCAUUCAGAGUACCAGCCCAUGCGUCUAUAACAUCUCCUGGAUGCUUGGACAUGAGAUUGCCAUCGGCACUGCUGCGGCCCUGUCACCGUCCAGCGGGGGACCAAUGGUCAAUGUGAGCAGCUUUCUGAGCGUGCAACACCCACGAAACGAGACCCGAGGAAGCAACCUUUCUUGCAUGGCAACGAGCAGACAAGAAUGCAAGUCUCUGAAUAGCACUAUACGGUUAACUUUUUGCCCAGGUUCAGAAUACGAAAAGACAGUGAUCGGAGUUCUCAUUAGUCUUUGCGUGGCUGCGACGAUUGCAGCUCUCAUCGCCGAGGUCCUUAUUUACAAACACUAUAACGGAUAAAUCUUUAGAGCAGAGAAUACGUUAAGUGACAUUGAAUUGAAGUUAAAUCGACUAUUAUUAAUUUGAAAUACCGAUCGACUUCUUUGAUAUAUUUCUAAUCUAAAGAACUUCUGUGGCACUACGUGACACUUAGCUAGUUAUGCAUUUAUUUAUAAACCGCCCAUUCUGACUGGAAUGUGUCGUGAACAGUGUCACUGAAAUGCUCUUCCUAGAGCACGUCGUAUAGUACUUUAUAAAGCAGCUGUAAUUGAAAUGUUCUUUUUGUGUUCACUCAAGUCGCACAUGUAGGUCAUGUUGUAAUGUAGAUUUAAUUUCUGUACUUUGCAAAUUAAUACAAUGUGAAUGCAACACUAUCAAUACAGAUAGUGGCAGGGGUGCAAGGAGGAAGCCCAUCCUUACACAUGGGUCCCAUUUGUGAAAUGAUUUAUUAAUAAAUUAAACGUUUUUCCCAUUAUAGCAAAAGUAUCCUAGCAUCCAAGAUCACUGAAUUCUCAGUACUGCAGAAGUUGAUCACGUAUCACAUUUUCUUAGAGCACACUACACCGAACAUUUUUGGUACAAAAUCGGCAUAAUCAUACAUAAGUUUGAAAGGAACCAGUUUCCUUACAAUGUCAUCCUUGCUCAUGGGGACUCUCAGCAAAUGAACUUCAAAUUGGUAAUUUUGGAACCACAUUAUUCAUGAAAAGUAGACACCAAUUAGGUGCCCUUAGUUUGAAUUGUGCAUGGAUAUGAAUGAUAUCUAAAAACGCAUUCCUGGUAUUAAAUGUACAAAUCAUAUAAGCGUCCAUGAAACACAAAAACAAAAGCUACAUCGUGGCAUAGGCCAACUCAAAUCGUGCAAAAUGUUGCAAAUCAGAUUUUCUUUUAAGAUCAGAUUUUUUUGCUUACCUUUACUAUCAGAUUUGGGGCUUCAUUUUUAACCAAUUCGUUGAAAAUGGUAGUGGAUUUAAUUCCUUCCUUUAAUUCCGUUUUUAUAACAGCAGUUUGCUUAGUUUUUAUUUCAUCAGGUUAUAUUCUUGAGUCGUGUAAUGGUGAAUGUGUCAUAUUUGCAUAAUGGAAAGAGUGAAUUCCCUGCCAUUGCACACAAUUAGCAUUAAUUCAUGGGAAUGGUUGCGAAAUAGCAUUGUUGGGAACCAUACAGCACUGCUGCGAGAGAUCGAAGUUGAAAGUUCACGCUGUAUAAACAAAGUUUUUAAAAGCACUGAUCGCCACUUGGCAUUCCUUCAUAAGUGUUAUCUGUGCUAGAUUUAGUUGACGACAGUUUCAUGUUCAUGCAUAUGUUAUCUAGUGUCUUAAUGUUUGCCGGAGGUUUUUACAAUUUGGAAUGAGCUUUCUUGGACAUGUUGCUUCCCUCUGCCGUGAGGAACCGGUAGCAGGGACGUGACUCUUCAUGUUUCCCAACGAAAAUACCGUACAUCGUUGGUACAAAAAAAAUACUUCGUGCAAUGCAAUUCUGUAUUGAACAGCAACUAACCUGGUUUGUAUUGAAAAAAGCUCCUGAAAUGUGCAGGCUAACAGGCUGAAAUGAAACCAAGUAAACAUGUGCAUUAAUAGAAAUCGAAACAGUUUCAUUUAAUCAAACUAUGAGAGUAAAAACAAAAGCAAUAUCAGUGAUGGAAAUGUGAUUAAAUCUUUUAUAAACAGAACUGUCAAAAUAAAUAUGUACAGAUGUACAUGAAAUAU